GUGAAUAAAUAUGUAGGAGUAGAAAAGAGACAUAACCAAUAAAAAUUGGACUAUCUGUCUUGUCCUCAAGUUAUUGCAGACGGUGCCUGUCCAAUCUUAAUAUAUAUCUUAUCUUAAUAGCCCAAAAGAAACUAGACUCUUUAUUGUAAUGUGCAUUGCACAUUGCUGGAAUAUUCCACAGUCUCCAAGAUUGUAUUUAUUCUUUGUGCAAUCCUGGUUGAAGAAUUCGUCUGAAACAGAUCAAAUAUGACAAAUUACAGUAAGGUUGACCAUGUCAUAUUUGAUUUGGAUGGUCUCUUACUUGGUACAGAAGAAAUUUAUGUGGAGAUAUUUUCAAUUAUUUGUGCUAAAUAUAAUAAGAGUUACACAUAUGAAGCAAGAGAGAAAGUACUUGGUACAAUGGAAAAGGAUUCAUGUGCAAUUUUAGUUCAGGAACUCAGCCUUCCAGUAACACCUCAAGAUGUUUUGGAUCAACAACGCCUACUGCAAAGAGAAAUGCUUCCAAAGACAAAGUUAAUGCCAGGAGCAGAACACUUAAUAUGCCAUUUGCAUAAGCAUGGUAUUCCAAUUGCAGUAGCUACUAGCAGUUCUGAGGAAAGUGUUAUGUUAAAGCUGACAAAUCAUAAAGAACUUUUUUCCUUAUUUCACCAUGUGGUAACGGCAAGUAGUGAUCCAGAAGUGAAGAAAGGGAAACCAAAUCCUGAUAUCUUUCUGAUAUGUGCUUCAAGAUUCCCAGAUAAACCAAAACCAGAAAAGUGUCUAGUGUUUGAGGAUGCACCAAAUGGUGUUAAAGCUGCUAAAGCUGCUGGAAUGCAAGUUGUUAUGGUACCAGAUAACCAUAUUUCUGAAGAAAGCAAACAACUGGCAACAUUAGUCCUGAAUUCACUGGAAGAAUUUCAACCAGAAUUAUUUGGACUACCACAAUACUAACAUGUCAUGGUGGUGUUUUUAGUUUGAAGGAUUUUAUCAGAUACAAUUAUUUUGUUAGGGGUUGGUUUUCAAAGAAGUCAUGAUUCUUUUAAUAGUUUUAAGGAUUGUAAGAAAUAGAGUUAUUUUGUUAUGAGUUGACUAAAUGUUAUUAAAUAUAAAGGAUUUAAUAAAUUACUAUCACCAACUACAUUGCCAUGAAAACUUGCUUUGCAAACAUGUCAUGUCUGUGCAAAAUAUCACAAGGGUUUAUACAAUUCUUGCUUCAAGAUCAAAUGUUAUAUACAUAUAUAUUGCCCCUACUAUAAGAUUAAAAUCAUGUGUAUAAUGUGCACACUUUAAACAGCCUUUUGAAAUUUUUCUAUAUUUCAAUUAAUUCAGUGCCAGUUGUUUCAACUGAUGGAUGGAACGGAUAAUAAUUAAAAUUAGCAUUGCAAAUAAACUUAUAUAACAAAAGUUGUUUAACUUCUGCAGUGUCAACACUUACUGUAAAUGAGGAAUCGACAGUGUCCUAUCUGACGUAGAUCAAUUAUGAAUUUAUAGCAGAUGUAUGGAUGCUUACAGCAGUCACUUGAUGAAUGUCAUAAAAUCACCUACAAAAGAAUAAUAGAUAUGAAAUAAUUUCAUUAUAAGAACAAAUCCUUGUCAUAUAUUAUAAACCAAAUAUUCAAAAUUACAGUAGCAUUUUCAGACAAUUGUAUAUUUUGACCAAUCAUUAUUUCUGCAAUGACAAUUAUUCAAAAACUUUAAAAAAUUCACAAUCACCCAAUUCCUCUUUGCUAAAUCACACAUACUGAUACAACAUACACACAUUCUAUAUGAUAGACUAAAGUAGCAAUUCUACUCAUCAGUGUUAUAAUGUUAUUUAAAAUAAAUAUGUACUGUGCUUAA